CCUACAUCACACUCACGACCAAAACCAAACUAUCUUAUCCAUAUCUAUACUUCAAAUUCACACAAACCAAAUACCUCCAAAUCAACAGAACUCCAAAGAAAAAAAAGACAAAAGUAAAAAGAAACGAAAAUGGCCUCAACAACAAUCUCCCCCACAAGACCAAACCUAACAACCAACGACUCAGCCGUCCUCCAAGCCCUCUUCGACGCUGAAUCCUCGCCUUCAAACGGCAUCACAAUCAACCCAUCUCUGCCCCCCUUCCCAGCACACCUAAACAUCGACCCCAAGCUCCACGAAACCCUCAAAGCCCGCGAAAUAACCAUUGUCCGCACCCUAGCAUCACCCAACCCGACCCCCGAGACCAUCCAAUCCGCCAUAGACCAGCUCUCCACCCUGAUAACAGAACACCCAACCUACCCACCCGCCUACGUGAACAGAGCCCAAGCUCUCCGCAUGCUCAUAUCCACCCACAAUGGCGACCAAGCGGAAAAAACAGAUACAGAUCUCUUCCACCCACAAAACGCAGAGACCGUAUCCUCCCUCCUCUCUGAUCUGGGUGAGGCGAUUCGUCUUGCCACGCCGCGGUCACCAGCGGAUCCUGUUUCAGAGGUCCAGGCGCGUUUACUGGCUGAUGCGCAUACGCACCGGGGGUAUUUGUUGCUGAGGUUGGCGAAGGUGAAGAAGAGUGGUAAAGCGUUUGAGGGACCGGGGAGAUGGAACCAGUUGGAUGCGGAUCGGUUGGAGGAGAUGGCGAGUCGGGACUUUUUCUUUGGGGGGAGGUUUGGGAAUAAAGUUGCUCAGCAGUUGGCGGUGCAGACGAAUCCUUACGCGAAGAUGUGUGGGGCUAUUGUUAAGGAAGCAUUGAGGAAGGAGGUUGAGGGGUGAUAGUAUUUUUUUUUUCUUGUUGUGUAUAUGUGUGUAGUUUUAGCGUUGUAUGCUUAAUGUGAAUUUUUUUUUUUUUUU